CGGGCCCGCCUCUCGCCCCGGGGACACACUGAUCCGUGAAGGGAACAGGCGGCGGCGGGGUUCGGUCGGUCCACUGUCCGGCUGGAGGGGAAGAUUAUUGCACAAUGUCCCAGAUCCGGAUUCCUGGAACUUCAGGAUAUGCUUUAAUGAGUGAUAAAUCAUUGGAGUUCUAUAAGGACCCAAUGCAUUUUUGCAACAGUCGAAUUCAUAGCUAUGGAAGCAGGGUUUUCCAAGCACGUCUCCUCAACAAACCAACUAUAUUUGUAUGUUCAGUGAAAGGAAUGAAAGAAUUGCUCUGUGCUAGGAUAUCAGUAUUUGAAAAGGAUCCUUCUGCAGUUAUGCAUGAAUUGUAUGGUGGCAAUCUAGUAACAACAGAUGAGAAAGUCAAUGUCUUUGACACAUCCUAUACUACCUCUAUGUGUAAGCUGUUUGGAGACACCGUCUGCUUCACUAAUGGAGAAGAAGCUCAGUUAUUAAGGCUGUCAUUAAUGCAACUUUUUAGAGGCAAGGCUGUUGAUACCUAUGCAGAUUAUGUUAACAGAGUUUGUAUAAGGAAUCUGAAAGACCUCUCGCUGAGCAGUGAGCCCGUUGCAGUUUAUACUAUGUUCAAACGUUUGGCUACAGAACUGGUACUAGGAAUUUUUCUUAAUGUUGAUGCAGAGGAAUCUGCAGCACUCUCCAAACAGAUUACACAGCUUUCAACGCAACACUGGCAUGGAUUGAUCUCUGCUCCUGUGAAAGUGAAAGUAUCAGUGUGGUCCUCAGCAUUUACUCAGGCACUGGAAGCAAAAGAAAAGCUGCUUAGCAUCAUUAAUGAACGUCUGAAGAGCGAGGAGGAUGGGCUGAUCUCCAAAAUAAAGACUGUACCAUUCCCAGAAAACACCAAUGCAGCACAGCAUCUUCUCCUGUUCAUUUCGGCACUAAUCCCCAAGGCACUUGCAUCGUUGUUGACCUCCUUUACUCUGGAGCUUGCUGGCUCAGACAAGGUUGAUCUCCGCAAACGAGCUCAAGAAAGUGAAGAUUAUUUAGACCACGUGCUUCUAGAGGUGGAAAGACUCUGGCCGUCCUUUAUUGGGGGUCGAAGAAUCGCAAAGCAGGACACCACCCUAUGUGGUUAUGUGGUCCCCAAGGGUUAUGUAGCAUUAUUCGUCGCCUUUGCUGUCCAUAGGGAUCCUGAAAUUUUUGAUGAUCCUGAUGAAUUCCAACCUGAAAGAUGGUCUGGGAGAAAUGCUGGUCAAGAAAAGCUCCUGUGCUGUUUUGGAAAUGGAUCUAGAAACUGUAUUGGCAUUGAUCUGAACAACGUGAUAUUGAAGACAACAGCUGGAUAUUUGCUCAAUCACUACUGCUGGGAAUUGGACCCUCCCAAUCAAAGCCUGGAGUACAAAUGGCUUCCUGUCUCCCGUCCUGCUGAAGACCCCAAAAUUAAGUUCACAUCAUGUUCCAGCAAAACUUAGUUCUCUCCAUCAACUGCUCUUGAAAACACUGAUAGUUCAAUGCAUCAUUUGUCAAAGAACAGUGUGAUCAGUGAGUCACCAUACAACAGUGCAACGUGAUAACAUCACUGUGAGGACCGGAUGCAAUUGUGUCAUAAUUCAGCGUGAGACUUUUUUGGUGUUGAGCUUGCAGUAGGUAUCAAACGUCUUGUUUUUUGCUUUUGAAGGACAGAGCAAGAAAAUGUAGCUAAAAUGUCCUCCAUUUUACUGUAGAGAGUAUCUUUAUUAAAAUAGUUUUGACUUGAGUCAGUAGUGAAUCUUUUAAAACUAAAUGUGGCAAAGACUUGAAGAAAUAAUUUCCCCACAGUUUUAUCUCUGCCAUGGACCAUGGCUUAUUGUGAAUAUGGGUGUGUACUGCAUAUAAUUUUCCAACCAGCAGUUCCUGAUAGACACUGCCAGUAGGCAAAACUUUAAAAUGAUCCUUUUAAUAUGAGCUGAAUACAUUAGACCAAGUACAUUUUUAUAUAGCACUGCUUAAGGAUGUAUAUCCAUGGUAACCACAGUAGUCAGUAGAUUUUUCAUUCAUUCCUUUCUGUUACCACCAUUCCAAAUCUCCCAAGUCUCUCACUGAAGAGCAAAUAUUACAAUGUGGAUUCCUACCUCUGAAUAUAGCGCACAAAGAAUAAUUAACAAUACCAGCACACUGGAUUGGGUAGUGUCAGUUUUUAGGGGUCACUUAAAGGAAAAGAUAGCUGCAAAAGUAGCUGCUGUAAUUGUGAACCAUCUCCCUUCAAUUUUCUAAACAAAUCUUUGAACAUCACCUGUAAUCAAAAACACUUUACACUCUUAAUUAUAAAAAGGCUUCUUAAACUCAUCUGCUAAUAGGUAAUUAUUGGUUUAAAAAGUGCCAUGUGCCUCACUUAAUCCAAUCUACAAAAUGGUGUAUCGGUUAUACUGCUAGGAUUGCAAACCUGACAACACAGGCCUUUUAGCGCUUUCAGCCAAUGUAUACAUGAUAGUUACAUGCAAAUUUUAUCAGUUAAAACUUUGAACCAAAAAGAAAGGGUUACCAGCUCACACAAAGUAAAUAUUUUAGUCUUUUGAUAAAUUUCCAUGAAAGUGAAUCCCAAAUGCUGUAUUUUCUGGUUGUUUAACAUUGAAUAUUUUGCCUCGUGAAGAACAGUAAUCAAUGUUUGCUCUGAAAAAUAUAGGAACAAAAAAUGUAGGUAUAGGUCUUUUGCCCCCUCGAACUUGCUUUGCCAUUCAAUAGGUUUGUGGCUUAUCUUCUUAUGAUUAUACAUUUAACUGUACCUUUUAUACCGACCUUCCAAAUCCCUUGACUCACUUGUCAGACAAAAUCUUCUCCAACAUCUGCAGUUCCCAUUAUCUCUGAUUACAAUUUUAACCUCAUUGCGAAGCCUCUUCCAGGGACGCCUAACCUGAAGUUACCUUCCUCCCUCCGGACCAACCUCAGGGAAUCUCUCUCCCACUGCAACUCUACCUGUCUGUCUUCCCUGGACUGACCUAUCCCCUCCCUAUCACCCCACCUAUACUCUCCUCUCCACCUAUCUUCUUUUCUCUCCAUCUUUGGUCCGCCUGCCCCUCUCUCUCUCUUUAUUCCAGAACCCUCUCCCCAUCCCCCUCUCUGAAGGGUCUAGGCCCGAAACGUCAGCUUUUGUGCUCCUGAGAUGCUGCUUGGCCUGCUGUGUUCAUCCAGCUACACACUUUGUUAUCUUGGGAACUGCAGUUGCUGAAGAAUCCAUUAUCCCAGAUUUUCGUGUCUGUUUGGAGACAAAAAUGGCAAAAAACUCAUUUUGUUGCAAAUUUGAAUUUCUAGGCCUUUUCAACCCAUGCCAUUUUUAAAUGGUUAUUCUGUGGAAUGGACACAGUCUAAGUUCAUUCCCCUCACAUUGCUUAUGAGGUCCUUUUUUGCAGAGCCCUUGAAAAAUCAGUAUUUCUUGUCCCACAAUGUUUCCAUUGUGUCUGGUGAAUUUUGGAAUAUGUCUGAAAACUUGCUUGUUUAAGAGCUUGGGAACCAUGUGGCGAGCCUGUUGAGGCAGAAGCACUAUGAUAGUUGCCACCAAAUUGCACAGGUAUCCCAAAGAAAACUGAUUUCUAUUCUGUAUGUUCUGUUUUUUAAAUUCUGUUUCUUUUUAAAAUGAACAACCUUGCUGGACUCCAUGGCUAAGGCUCUUCGUAUGAUUAUAAAUCAGAAGCUCCUGGAAACACGUUGUAUAGAUAUCCAGCUAAAACUGAUAAGAUGGACUUGGAAACAAGAGAGGGCACAGAUUUAAAAGGGACCUGAGGGGCAACAUUUUCACAUGGAGGCUCAUGUGUGGAAUCAGCUGCUCGAGGAAGUGGUAAACGCAGUUACGGCUGCAGAAGAACAUACGACCUAAAGAAGGAUGAAAUGCAUUAAUAGUUCAAAUUUGUUCUGCAUUGGGAUUUAGUUGAAAAUCACUGCUCUAGGGUAUACAAGGGUCAUCUGGUACAAAGUGCAUCUGUCAUAGAAUUCUACAGAGAAGCCUGAUCUUGUUACUGUGAACAUAAAAAUCCUUAUUUAGCCCUAUACAAUCUCAUUCAUUGGAACAGAUGGUGUUUGAAAAUGAGUUGCCACAUUUUGAUGCUUCUAUUAAGAACUUGCUAAUUGUCUUCUAUACAUUACUUAGUUUUUUCUGUAAUAAAUUUAUGAUCUUCUAUUAAAAAGUAUCUGAAGCCUUGUGAAA